GUAUAUACAUGCAUGCAUACAUACAUACAUGUGUGUGUUUAUAUAUGUCUAAUCUACGUUUAAGUUAAUAAUACAAGAAUAUGAUCUGACUCUGUAUUGGCAGAUAAUCAAUGGUAAAAACAACAGAAACAUCUUGAUUGGGACGUCCCUACUUGCUGUGCACAGAUUGUGUGGGGAGCUGGCUUCCUGAGUUUCAUAAAGAACCAGUGUGUCUGCAGAGCAACAGAGACAACAUGGACGCUACAACAGGGGCACAAACAUAGUAUGCACACAUUCUCUUCAGAGUUUCAGGACUCAGCCUGAGAGGUUUUUGAUUUAGGCGAGCCGCUGAGUCUUCUUGUUGUUGAAAUGUGUGAUCAGAAAAAUGGCGGGGACCACAGUGAAAUGCUGAACAGUGAUGAUGUGGACGAGCUAUCAGCCAGUGAUGAGUCUGAGCCCGAAGAACUACCCAGCAGUGCUCCCUUUGACCCACUGCUGGACGACGACGACGACGACGAUGAUGAUGACGACGAUGGCGGGGAGGUUGAGAUUUCUGCUCCAGCUGCUGGACACAAAGCUCAGACUCCAUUCAGUCUGAGAGGAGGGGGCUCAGCUUUCUCAAAUCGCAGCCACAGUAUCUUUGAAUGCCUGGACAGUGUCGCCCGGCUGGCCUCCUCCUCUCUGACCCAGGAUCACGUCACAGAUGGAGUGUUUACUCGGCCUCUGCCUCCACGUUCCAGGAGGAAGAUGAGCCAGCCUACAUCCAGCUGCCCCACACCAGCAAAGAAGAGAGGAGUCCCGGACUACCUGGUGCACCCUGAGCGAUGGACCCACUACAAUCUAGAAGAUGUGGAAGAGACUAGCGAUCGGGACAACAGGAGGGCAGCUCACCACUUCCUGUCCAGUCUGCAGCAGAGGAAGGAGCAGCAGGAGAGCAAGAGCGAUACCUCCUGUAACAUCCAACGGAAGAUGGUCUUCUCCAGACCCAGUGCGCUGCCAAAGGAGCAACCUGCUGAUCAGCCGUCAGCUGUUGGAGGCAAAAAGAAGGCGACACGCCUCAGUCAUCUGGAGGAGGAGGAGGAGGAGGAGGAGGAGGGGGAGGAGGAGGAGGAGGGGGAGGAGGGGGGCAGGGAGAAAGAGAUGGCUGGAGGAAGGAGAACCGAUCAGAGUGUUGAGAAAGCUGAGGAAAGGGCGAGAGAUGAAGAAAAAGAUACGAAGGGAGCCGUGGGUCCGCCAGAGGAGAAGAAACGGGUGCAGAAAGAAAAAUAUGAGGAAAAGGAGGAAGAGAAGGAGGAGGAGGAAGAAGAGGAGAAGGAGGAGGAGAAGGAGAAGAUGGAAGAGGCCAACCCAGCCUUUACCCCCUUCAAGAAGACUAAGCGUAUGAACUACAGGAAGAACUCCGGGCGAGAGGACAACUGAGCACAUCACUGUCUCAGAAUAAUACAGACAGCAGAGUUCAUCUUAUGUAAAAAAACAACAACAACAACUCCUCCUGUUGUCUAUUCAAAUGUGCUGACUUUACUGUUUUUAGUCCAGUCCAGAGUCACCAAACCUGAACCUCAUGAAUACUAACUGAACAAAAGCAGUGUUUUGCAGACUUCUCUGGUUGGAAGUUGAAAGCCUGCUUUACCUCUGACCCACACCCAACUUCUCCCAUGGGUGUGGUUGGAAAUGUGUUACCACAUCCAACAGUGAACCAUGGAUUACACUGUUGGUUGAUGUUCUGAUGUUAGCAUACCACACAGUGAUAUCCAAGGCUGAGGAGUAUUUCAUUGGCCGGCCACAUUUGGAUUCAAUGUUUUAAAAAAGACCCUUUUAUGAUUCUCCUUUUAAAAGAAGUCUACUGGAAACAUUCAACAAGUCAGCAGGAGACAUGGAGCCAACGUUAGCUUAAUUAGCUAGCUGUAGUGACAGGUUUCAUUCGGCUAACGUUAAGAAGCCUCUUCUGUCUCAGCUCCGUCAGUAUCUUCUCCCGGAUUACGGUCGCAGUUUUAAACAUGCGGUUAAUGUAAAUUAAAACAAAACAAAAAGACAACAAAAUGACUUGAUUAAUGUAGUAAAACAUCAUGGUUUGGCAUGAAAUAGCUAGUAUGUGAUGUUAUUGAAGUUACAGACAUAAAUUAAAUAAGUCAAUGCUGACUUGGUUUCACAAAGGACACACACAGCGGCCUCCUGGGUGAAGGUCCUGUUUGUCUAACCCUAACCUUCUUAUGCAGAAUCAUGUGUGAUGCAUCAAAAAUGAAAUCCCUUCAAAUGUGGUUGAAAAUGCAGUUUAGUUGUAUGGGAAUGUAAUGUUUAGGAUAAAUCGUUUUGAUGGUUAAAUCGGCUGCUGUAAUGAAAGCGUGAUGGGUUAUUAGCAGUAAAUAAGGGGGCGUGGCCAAAUCAGCAUUUGGAAACUUCAUUUUUUAUUUUGAAUAAAAGAAUGAACAUGAGGACAGUGAGUGCAUCCUGUUUACACGUAGCUGUAUUUAGAACUGUUGCUGUUGAUGGUAAUUUGAUUUGUAUUUGUUGCAUGUUCUGUAUUUUGGAAUAGUCUCAAUUAAACAUUUUGAUUUAUAUUUAUUUUUUUUGUCAUCCUUUCAAAAACAUUUAAGGCUCUUUUGUGUAAAAAAAAAACAACAGAAAGACAAAUGUUCAGAUGAAUAUAAUCAUUUAAUGAAUGUCGAGUGAUGAAAUAUAGGAUGAACAUAACGGGUUUUUUUGUUUGAAUCUAGCAGGUGAACUUUUUGUAUGAAACCUUUGACGUCAUAACAACAGCAGCCGUGUUCCAUUCACUUAUUUUUAUGAACAUUUUGAAGUAUGACAUUAGGAAAGCUGUAUGGAAACGACAACAUUUGAUGAAACUUUGACAAUUGAAUGAAAACACGACUAGUGUCAUCAGCACCAUCUUAAAGGGAUAGUUUGGAUUGUUUGCAGUGUGGAUGUGAGCUACUUAUCCAUAGUCAGUGUAUUACUACAGUAGAUGGCUGUCGCAAUAAAUAAUAAUAAAUAAUAAAUAGCACAAUGUAUUUUAGACAUUGGUGGUCCUGCAUUCUGGCAAAUGUUUCUGCAUCAAUUUAUGGUGGAAAAGGUCCGAACACAAAGGAAAACACAAAAUUCAGGCCACAAGUGAAAGUGAAAAUAUAAUGCAGUAAGGUUGUCAGACAUUCUCCAUUCAAUCAAUAACAGAUAUUACCACUGUUCUCUUAAUAUUACUACUUCAAGUUGUAAUUUAAUGAGAAUAAAGUCAUAAGACUUGCAUGUGCCAGCCCUGUAGCCUGCUGUGCAUGCUGGGAUCCCCUUCAGACCGCUCUGUGCUGCAGUUCAUUGGACCGGCUUCACACCAGAAGCAAACUGUCUGUCUUUGUGAAUGUUCUCUCCAAAGAUAAUGCAAAUGAGUGCUCCAAAACAGCUCAGGACAAUUCUGUCCUCCAAAUACAGUAUAUUGAAAAUAUUCUAAAUGUAGCGUACACCUGGUUUCCAUCCACAGCAGUACAUGGCUUUGCUCCUGUUUACAUCUGUCUGUUUCUCCAAACUCCAUCUACUGUCGGUAAUACGCUGACUAUGGAGAAUACCUCGUACAACCCAAACUACUCCUUUAACCCUACUCAGUGGAGUUCUAUUGUAAAUAUACAAACGUUUCAGUGUAACUCGCUGAAAGUCAUUGUGUGUCUUUAAGUUCUAACAAGUGUGUUGAAUGCAUUUCCUUAUAAACCAUUUGCAAAGCGAA